UGAAGCGGACCACACAGGAAGUUGAUUGUAGUGGACUUCGUUGAUGCUGAGUGAUAUUUACGGGGGGUGUACCGUCAUCUGCAUGUAGUUCAUAAAGCGAGCGAAGGGUGACUCGGUAAGGAGAAGACUGUCUGGAGGCGUCUUCGUAGCAACUUUCUAGAGGUGCUAGCGCAAUCGGUGGCGUAUUAGUUAAACACUGUAAGGCCUUUGGGUGGACGAACCUUUCUGGCACCAGGAAUACUUGAAGACAGCUUGUCACUAAUUUUUGUAAAUCUUUGGUUUCAUUGCUGAGCACAACUAAACAUCAUUAGUCCCACAACCGCACCUUCAUCUCCUUAAUGGCUUUCUCACAACCUCAUUCUGACAUUGAGAUGGACCUGUCUUUAGAAAUGUCUAAUGUUAAAGACCGUAUGGAUUCCUUUCAUAAUAGUAGCCUUCCACACCCCGAUAUACUGGCAAGGGCUGGAUUUUACUUUGUAGGUGGAGACCAAGUGAAAUGCUUCAGCUGCAACAUUACUUUGGAUGGAUGGGAAUGUAUUAAUGACCCAUUAGAGAAACAUUUGCAGGCAUCUCCUGAAUGCAUAUUCCUUCGUUGUACUUGGAGGUUGUAUCCUCAACGUACUGCAUGCACUAAUGUACAGAGGCCAAUUGCAAGCUCUGUCUUUUCUCCACCUAACAGAGAUGUUAAUUGUGAAAACACAGAAGAAAUGGAUUACCUCAUUCGAACUGGCGGUGUAGUUGACAACACUCCUUACCCAAGAAAUCCUGCUAUGAAUAGUGAGGAGGCAAGGCUGCUUACAUUUCAUGGUUGGCCAGAAUCUGCUCCAGUUCGUCCAGAAAAUUUGGCCCAAGCUGGACUAUAUUAUACCACCACUGGAGACAGGGUGAUGUGUUUCUGUUGUGGUGGGAGCUUGCAGGGCUGGGAGUCAGGUGAUGAUGCAUGGUCAGAGCAUGAGAGACACUACCCCAAUUGCUUUUUUAUCCUGGGACAUGAAGUUGGAAAUGUACCCAGUGUCCAGUCUUCCAUAAGGAUCACGCCGCCUUUUAUGUCCUGUUACGAAGAUCGUCUCAGAAGCUUUUCAAGAGUCCAGCACAACGUUGAACCAAAGAAGCUUGCGGAAGCUGGUUUUUAUAGCAAUGGUGAACAAGACAAGGUGUGGUGCUUUGAGUGUAACGGUGGUCUAAAGGACUGGAAUCCAAAUGAAGACCCCUGGACAGAACAUGCCAAGUACUACCCAGGAUGUAGUUAUUUGAUUAAAGUGAAAGGACAGGCAUAUGUGAACAACGUCCAAUUUGAGAAGGCCUGCAGGACCACUGCUAUGGAGAAUGGUUGUGAUGAACAGACCGAAGAAGGUGCCAGUACUUUGGAAAGGCUUAGGAAGCUCCAGGAUGAGAAGCUCUGCAAAGUUUGCUUGGCUAAAGAUAGUAUAAUCGUUUUUAUCCCCUGUGGUCACUUGGUCACCUGUCAUGAAUGUUCAGCACGGGUUAGAAAUUGUCCAAUUUGCCGUUCGCCAAUCGAGUCCAAGAUUAAAACCUACAUUUCCUAAAUGUAUCAGUAAACGUCUUUAGACGGCCUCCUGUACAUUCUAAAGAUGUUACAUGCUGACAUGAGUUUUGAUUUAAUACUACUUAUUGUAAGUAUACUUUGUAAAAAAAAAAAAAAAAUGCUAGGGCUUUCUACAAGCUGCUUUAACCAAAUACUAUAAUAUAUAUAGAGAGAUAUUUUUCCUUAAUAUUUAAAUGAUUUUUUUUAUUUCAAAUUAUAAACAGUUAUUGUGAAAGUUCUAUUUUAUCCUACUGAGUUGUUUUAUAUUUCUAUUAAGUGUAAAAUUUGUUCUUGUUCUGUCUACAGUACAUAUAAACCGUACUCAGUUGUAUGGAAAGGUUUAUUUUUUUCCCCCCAAUUAAAAAGUGUGUAUUGUAAUAUAUGUGUCCCAUCUGUGCUAAUAAAAGUGUGCACAUGUCAUAUCCUAAACAUUCAUUCAUUAGUCAAGCUACUUAUUAGAAACACAAGCUUUUCUCUAAGAAGGUUAAGUCAAUGACUUCUUCCUUCAUAAUGAACAAACAAAGACGGUAUGAUCUUUGCUGUAUAAACUAACCUGCAGUUCUCAUUGGUUGUAACACUAAUUUUAUUAGGAGUGAAUAUCACAUCCGUUUUGUACACAGACACACGUCUUUGUGUUUCUUCUAUGGUGCAUCUGUGUUCAGUGUGAUGUGACGGUGCGCGUCGGGAUCUAGCAGGGUCUGGUGUAGUCAUGUCAGAAACGGGAACGUGUUUUUAAAUUGCUUGAUACAAGUACAUCUUUCAAGGCUGCCACAUUAACGUCCAAGUCAUUUUAAACUUUCUUUUGCCAUUGCUCCUGGCUUCUUACAAUGAUGCUGCUUCAUUUGAUUGUAUAGUUAGGACAUGUCAAGUUCUGCCACAUGGGCAGAUAUAACUUAAAAGAGAAGCCAGAAAUUUUCUAAUAUUUAGUUUUUUUAUUAUUACUGUUAUUUAUAUUUUAUGACUUUGAUGCAAAGGUGCUUUUUGCAGAUCUGUAUGAAAAGUCAAAUUGCUUAUAUGAUUGUAAGUAGAAUUUAUUGUAAGUCACGCUUUUACUGUCAAGGUGUUAUAGUUUAGCGUCUCUGUAGUAAUGCUUCCUCUGUUGUACACUCUUUUAAAAUACUGACAAUAUGUGAUUUGAUUAGAAUAAUUCUUUUUAUGUCAAAUAGCAAUGAUUCUAUAUUUGUACUUUAUUUUCCUGACUUUUGUGACAGUUGCAUAUUCAGCAAUAAUUAAAACAUGUUUUAAGUC